UGGUGGCAGGAAGUCCCCAGGAACUACAAAUCGAGGCAUGCUGGGAACAUUCCCCUGCUCCUCCCAGGAAAUGUCCUUUGUCCAGCCCUACAGGAAGCCCCAGUGAGGAGUCAGCCGGGCCACCAGCCAGUCUGCCAGCCAGCCCGCGGCCGCUGCACCCGCCGCCGCUGCCGCCGCAACAGCAGCAGCACAAGGGCAGUCGCGCCGCGGCGCGGGGCUUGGGCCCGGGCGUGCGGUGCCCUCGCCCCUUGCCGCACCCGACGCCGCGCAGAUUAGAUCCCAGAAGUUGGAGACACCUGCCUGAGGAGAUCAUUCUGGAGAUGACCAGUUAUUGAUGUACUUCAUCUGUUGGACCAUUGCAUCGGUAUCCCUGGUCACCUCCCUCAUCCUGUUCUUCCUGGAUGGAACAAGACGACAAACAGGGUGUGUGUGAAGCCCAGGACUCACAAGACAAGGGCAUGGGCUCUGAUUUUGAGAACUGUGAAGACAGGGAUGGGGACCCAGAUGAAAGAGGAAUGGGCUCUAACCCACAGGAUGCAGACAAGAGAGAAGGGCACCUGGAGCAGGAGAUGGGCUCCGACCCACAGGAUGAAGCUCCAAGAGGACACUCAGAGGAGAGGGAACUGAUGUCUAACAUCUGCACAGAGGGGCUGCUGAGCGAGGAAGACGGGGUUGCAGGCCGUGAGGAAGAGGAUGACCAAUCUGGCGUAGCUGAGAUGGCCAUGUUCCCAGGGCUGUCUGAGUCUGACAGCAUUUCCCGGAGCCCCCAGGAAGAGGAGGAAGAGGAGAGUGCAGGGGAGAACCGGCUAGAGGAGGAAGAGGAGCAGCCGCCCCCUGCCGUGCUUCCCUGGAGGCGGCACCUCUCCCUGGGGAGUCGGCACCGGGGCGACAAGCCUGCCCACCGCCGCUUCCGCCGUCUCCACCACCCCAUGUCCAUGGACCUCGGGGAGCUCGACAGCCUGAUGGCCAGCAUCAUGGACGCACCCACCAUCUGCCCCGACUGCGGGGAGAGCUUUAGCCCUGGCGCCGCCUUCCUGCAGCACCAGCGCAUCCACCGCCUGGCCGAGGCCGCCGCGGCCGCCAGCCUGGAGCCCUUCGGCUUCGCUGGCGAGUGCGAAGCGGUGGUGGGGAUGAUGGGCGUGGGCGGGGGCUUCGGGGCAGGGCCCGCGCUGGCCCGGCCCCCGCGCGAGAAGCCCUUCCGCUGCGGGGAGUGCGGCAAGGGCUUCAGCCGCAACACCUACCUGACCAACCACCUGCGGCUGCACACAGGCGAGCGGCCCAACCUGUGCGCCGACUGCGGCAAGAGCUUCAGCUGGCGAGCCGACCUGCUCAAGCACCGGCGGCUGCACACGGGCGAGAAGCCCUACCCGUGCCCCGAGUGCGGCGAGGCCUUCAGCCUCAGCUCGCACCUGCUGAGCCACCGGCGCGCGCACGCCGCGGCCAGCGGCGCAGGGCCGGCGGCGCUGCGGCCCUUCGCCUGCGGGGAGUGCGGCAAGGGCUUCGUGCGCCGCUCGCACCUGGCCAACCACCAGCGCAUCCACACGGGCGAGAAGCCCCACGGCUGCAGCGAGUGCGGCAAGCGCUUCAGCUGGCGCUCGGACCUGGUGAAGCACCAGCGCGUGCACACGGGCGAGAAGCCGUACAUGUGUUCCGAGUGCGGGGAGACCUUCAGCGUCAGCUCGCACCUCUUCACACACAAGCGCACGCACUCGGGCGAGCGGCCCUACGUGUGCCGCGAGUGCGGCAAGGGCUUCGGGCGCAACUCGCACCUGGUGAACCACCUGCGAGUGCACACCGGCGAGAAGCCCUUCCGCUGCGGCCAAUGCGAGAAGCGCUUCAGCGACUUCUCCACGCUCACGCAGCACCAGCGCACGCACACGGGCGAGAAGCCCUACACGUGCAUCGAGUGCGGCAAGAGCUUCAUCCAGAGCUCGCACCUUAUCCGCCACCGCCGCAUCCACACAGGCAACAAGCCGCACAAGUGCGCGGGCUGUGGCAAGGGCUUCCGCUACAAGACGCACCUGGCGCAGCAUCAGAAGCUGCACCUGUGUUAGGGCUGGGCCCAGCGGAGGCUGCCCUGGGCGGGGCGGGGCGGGGCGGGGCGGGGGGGGAGGGAGGGGAAUCACGUGGGGACUAGGUGUCCUGGGGACAGACGCUAUAGAAAGAAACGGGGAAGGGGGGCGGGAGGCACAAUCUGAGAAUGACUGGGGAGGCUUUUAGGUGUUAGGAGUCCCGAAGGGGUGGGUUGAAUAAGAAUUGUUCUUUGGGAGGGGCUGUAUUUUGCCUGCCUCCUCCCUAACGGUGAAAUGUUUGGGAGAUGUGCUUGAGCGUGGUGAUUUCAUCCAAUGCACGCUGUAGUGAGUUAAGGGUGUGGAGGAGCAGGCAUUUUGAGGACUUUUAGGAAGAGGAGAUAGUGGGGUGGGGGAGGGUACAGGAUGGCAGGCAGCACAGUAGGUUGGGCCGUGAUGGCCUCUGGGAAGCAGGGAGACGGUGUGGAUGGAGUGAGAGUUCUGGGAUAAAAUCAAAGGUGUGCAUGAGUAAUUCUGUCCUGGCUUCACCAGGUAUUAAGUAAGCCACUGUUUGCCCUGUUCCCCCCACAUCAGCUGCAGUCCCACAAAAAGCAGAGGAACUUUGUCAGUCCUACAGGAGUGGAUAUUUUGUGUACUCUUCCCUUCCUUUCUCUGAGCCACAGUUAGCUGCUAUAUUGAGGCGUCCAGAGGAAACUGGGCAGAAUUUUCAGCUACACACCCUCAUUUCCAGGGCAGAAUCUCUGAGGUUUAGAAAUUCAUUUGUAACUGGUUUUCAGAUCAGGGAGCUCUUGGUACUGCUCCUGGUUCUUUGCUACUUUAAAAUAAUCUAGCCUCAUGCUGGAUUAGGCUGGUCUGUGUGGAUGACCAGACCUGCACCCCUGGUGUCAGGUGUGUUCCAGGCCCAGUAUUCUUUCAGGUCUCAUCUGUGGUCUUUAAGUGCUGGGAAAUGGAACAAUCCCAGCCAUGUGUGACUCUUCCUUUCCCCAGGUCAGCUUGAUGCUUGUUUCAAGUGAAACUUGGGCCAUCAACGGUUGCCCUAGUGACCUGCUGCAAAAGUCAGUUUGCUCAGAGUUUUGCUGGCCUUCUGUGAGAAAUCCAGGAAAUCAAGAUGUUCCCAUGUUGGGCCACAAGGCUCCCUUGUCUCAUUUGUAUCUGUGUACCCCUCCCCCUCUGCAGUGAUUGGGGAGCUAUUCCAACUCCCACCUCCACCCAUAUGGUUAUGGGCUCUGGUCUGAGCAGAAAUUUCUCUUUCCUACACAGGGAGGCACAGUAGAAAGCUCAAGACUUUACACAAGGAGGGCACAAGCAGGGAGAGGUAUAAAUGCAAAAUUGCCAAAUAGCACAAGCAACGAAUGUUGUCUGGUGGUUAUAUAAAUGCCAAAAUAGCACUUUUCUAUUUGUAAAGUGCUUUAUGCUUUUGAAUGAUUGUUAGUUGUUUCUCACGUCUUUGUGAGGUAGGACAGUAUUAUGACCCCUGUCUUAGGGAAGGCCAGGGGACAGGAGUGCGACAGGCGGUUCUGAAGAGAGGCAGACAGCAGUGUGGAUAGGUGGGUCUGACCUACUGUGCUCUCCAGUUCAGCUGCUAGGAAGACUGACCUAUUGUGAUUUAUGUAAUAUAAGGACACUGAAAAUUCUUAUGCUUGAUGGAAAAACUUAAGGCUAGUCUAGAAGGGCCAAAGAUGUCCUUGUUGACAAAGCUGGUCUUUGUCAUGUAAUUAGCGUGUCCUGGACAUGUUCCAUUUCUAGUCGGGGCUGUAGAUGACUCUUGUACAGACUUCAGUGACCUAUGCUGAAAAUCCCUCCCUUAGGGUUAGCCUUUAGAAGGUAGAGUUGUUGAAAGCGGUUUUGUUUUCUUUAUUAGUGAUUGUUACCCUCUACUUUUCAUGAAAGCAUCUUCACAAACUGUUGGACACACUUGACGAGGAAAAAAAAAAUCCACAAGAUUGUUUUUGUUGUUUUAGCAAACUUUCUAUGGAUGCUGGUAAGUUAUACUUGGUUGGUUGUACUUUAGCAAAGAACUUCUUUGGGGACUGUAGGAAAGCAUGUUUUUGCCAUCAUAACACUUAAAAAAAAAUUCCUGAGAAAUCUGGGUUUGUAUAAUGCCUGUUGAUCUUGCUCUCUAAAUUGGUUUAUUGUUAUUCACAAAUGCAAAUAGAUUUUUAAAUUAUAGAUAGUUUUGGAAGAUACUAAUUCCUUUUUUAUUUUGGUUGAGAGUAAUCUGAGCAAAGCAAGUGUCCAUUAUUUAUUCUGACUCUUGAAGUCGGAAUACUAAGUGUGUAAGACUCACAUGAAAAUAAUAUAGCCAAUUUGUAGGUAAUCUUAUUCCUUUUUUUUUUUUUUAACGCACAUCUACCUCUUCCAGCCGUUUUAAGUUCUCUCAAGUCUGUGCCUAUGAAAUCUCAUCCAACUUUUGGUUAUUCAUGGGUUUAGGAUCCACAUUCUGGGUCACUUGGUCUUUUGCUGACAUUUUCAUACUAUUACAGUCUCAUCCACACCAGCUCUCAAGCAUGGGUUCAAUGGGAAGAGGAGACUGAAACUAAUGUUCAGUCAUUUACUGGCAGCGGAAAUCUUUGGAUGUCACUGACCUCCUCCGUUCUCUAAGUUACUGUAGAUGAGAAAGCCAGCUACUACUUCAGGAUCCCUUCUAUGAGUGCGUCCCUUAGCAAAAGAAAACUGUCCAGCCACCAACACCGCACUCAUGGUGCAUCUAACAUGUGAUUCCAUUUUCCUUACGAUUCUUCAGGGAGCAUAGCUGCAUUAAGUGAGGUUAAUUGCAUUCAGGAAGUUGUUUCUUAUAUUAGUCCUAGAAAAUUAGUAUUUCUAAAGCAAACCCUGGUAACUGUGGUUCACCCUUAAAAAUGUUCAUCUGAAGACUCCUUCCACCAACUCAUUCAUGAUGGUGGAGGCAAAUGUAUCAUUUGUUUCCUGGGGAGCUGGGUCAAGUGCAGGCUGCACUUUUCUGAGAACAGAGAGCGGGUUUAAAUAGGUUAAAUGGCUUGAUUAAAUAUUGAGCGCUGAGUUGGAAGGAGAAGAUAAGUUAACCCCUUGAGCCAUGUGGCCUCUUUAAGAUCCUGAGGCUAUACAUAUGUGAAGAAGUACAAAUUAAGAACCUGUGUUCAUAGACAAUCGGAACUGUUUCUGAAGUUUGUGCACAUUUUCCUUCACUGUAAUGUUAUUUUACAACUGUUUGUUAUAAUAGUGAAUAAUUUAAUGAUUUAAAAGUAACAGGUUUUGUGUGAGUGUGUGCUUGUAUAUGUGAGACUUGCCUUAUUUUCAGGUUGUUUUAUUUAAAUGAUGGUUCCUUGGACAGCAUUCUGGUGUUCAGCAACCAGUAUGGAAUAUUUGUCAUUAAAUCCAGAUCAGUCUUUUACCA